AAAUGAGAUUAUUUUUGUUGGUAAUCCUCUUGGUGACUCUAAAUGCUCAACCUAGUGAUGAGGUAAUUUAUGAAAGUUGGGUUCAUUAUGAAAUAGAGUUAAAAGGAAAAACUUGGCCUUUUAAUCCAGAAACUAUUGCUACAGAGGCUGCAUAUAAAGUAAAUUUCAUUGCAUUAGAUGUAUAUAUAGAAUCUAUAAAAUAGGAAUUUAUAAAUACAGAUCCGAAAGUAGCUGAAUAUGAUUUGGGUUAAACAUUAUAUUCAGAUAUAAGUGCUGAUGAUUUUAAAGACAAUUACCUAUUAUAAAAUAUAGCUUCAUAUGGAGAGGCAAGAAGUUUAAGCAUUUAAGAUCUUCCUGUAAAUAAAACUUGGAAUCUAACAGAAGAGAAUGCUCCAGAUUUUGGCGCUGAUUCUUGGGCAUUUUCAGCUGUAGCUUCAGUUGAAGCUUAUUUCAAUAGGAAAAUUAAUGAUCCAACUAAACAUAUUCGAUUAGCAACAUAAUAAAUCAUAGAUUGUGUUGAAAACGGUACAAGUCCUUUAGAUGCAUUAAAAUGGAUUUAAAAGAAUGGUAUUGAUUUGAGAUCAGAAUAUACAACUAAGAGUUGUUCACCCAAAACAGAAUAAUAUAAAAUAUAAGAUAUUAGAAUAGUAAAGGCAGAAAAAGAGUAAAAUUUGAUAAUAUUUAUAUAGCCAAUUAAAAGCAGCUCUACAAUUUACACCAGUGUCUGUUUGUUUUGAUUUGACAAAUUUCUAAUAAUAUACAGGUGGAGUUAUUAAUCAAGAUUGUAAAACAGAAGAACCAAAUUAUUAUUGUGGUUUAUUAUUUGGAUAUGAGAACGAUGAAUGGAUUAUAUAAACUACCUUAGGUUAAUUAGAAUUAAAUUAAACAUUAAAUACAUUGUGGGGAUAGAAUGGAAUCGUCAGAUUUCAUGCUGGUGUAGCUCAUUGUAGAGUUGUAAAUUAUGCUGUUUUCCCUAUGUUAACUAAUGAAGAUAUUUAAUAAUACUAAGAUGAAUUUCAAAUUUAUAAAGAUAGUUUUAAUAAAACCUAUGCUACUUCUGAAGAAGAAUAAUAUAGAUUUAAAAUUUGGGCUUAUGCCUAAAUGGAUAAUCAAGAUGUACAUUAUUUCAAUAAUACUCAAUUUACUGAUUUGACUGAAGCUGAAUUCAUUGAACAAAAUCUCAUUACAGAUUUCACAUUCUAAUUAGAAAAUUAAUUUAUUUCUGAUGAUAGUAUAACAGCUGAUGAAAAUAUUGAUUGGAGAACUAAAACUAAUAUAGUACCUGAAGUAUUUGAUUAAGGAGAUUGUAUUUCCUCUUGGGCUAUUUCAUCAUUACAUAAUUUAGAAUCUUACUUCAGAUAAUAAACCAGUAAAGAAGUAAGGUUGUCUUUACAAGAAUUGAUUGAUUGUUCAGAUGUUUUAAACCCAUUACAGGGAUGUUAGAAGGGUAUUCCAAUUAAAGCACUUAAUUACGUUGCAAGUAAGGGUUUAAAUUGGGAAAGUAAUUAUCCUUAUGUAGGAAAGGCUUAAUAGUGUGAUCAAGAAAUUAAUAAAAAUACUCUCAGACCAUCGAAUUAUAAAAAACUUGACUCUCUGAAGUAUAAAAUUUAUUUGAUAAAUAAUUUAGUGCUGUCUCUUAAGCUUUGUAAAUUAGACCAGUUGUAGUUUGCUUUAAUGCUUCUAAAUUAUAAAGUUAUACAAAAGAAAUCAUUACAGCUUAAGAUUGUGCUGGUAAUGUUAACAACUAUUGUGGUUUGCUUGUCGGUAAAACAACUGAGUAUUGGAUUAUUCAAGGCUCAUUUGGACCUAAAUGGGGUUAAAAUGGUUAUGUUCAUAUAGCAUAUGGAGAUAAUUGUGGAAUCUUGUCAAACGCAUAUACAAUCAUUUGAUAAACAUUAUCAUUAAGUAAGAA